AUGGGCGAUAUAGUUAUACUUGGUGGGAAUUCCCACCCAGAAUUGGUCAAGAUGAUUUGCGACAACUUAGGAGUUCAUCCUUCUCGAGUGCAAUUAGGAAAGUUCUCGAAUGGUGAAACUAGCAUUAGCGUCAGCGAAUCUGUGCGUGAGAAGGACGUAUAUGUUAUUCAAAGUGGUUGUGGCCAUGUGAAUGAUAGCUUCAUGGAAUUGUUAAUUUUAAUCAGUGCGUGUAAGACAGCUUCCGCCUCUCGUGUUACUGCUGUCAUGCCAUACUUCUGUUACUCCAGACAGCCAGAUAUUCCCUACACUGCCAAAGGUGCACCAUUGAUUUCUAAAGUAAAAGAGUCUGGAGCUAUUAACGGCAAAGAAGCUCAGUCUCCAUUGAAUUCGACUUUAAUGACCCACAGACCAGGUGAAGAUAGUCGCUUUAAGAGCCUGGAUACUGCCAUACGAGCCACUGCCAACACAAUGGACCAGCACAGAAGUCACUCGGGAACGAACCUAAAAAACGUCGCGUCCUUUUCCCGUAUUCCUAUGAUUCCUGGUGGUAAAGAGGCAGGUUCUGCAAGGGCCGAUGCCGGUGAACUAUUUAACUCUCAAAAUGCUGGUUACAAAUUAUGGGUGGCUCAAGCCGGUACACUAAUUGCCAAUUUAUUGACAACUGCCGGAGCAGAUCAUGUUAUUACCAUGGAUUUACAUGACCCUCAAUUCCAAGGGUUUUUCGAUAUCCCAGUGGACAAUUUAUAUUGUCAGCCAAUCGCCCAAAAUUAUAUCCAGCACUGCAUUCCAAAUUACAAAGAAGCAGUGGUAGUGUCCCCAGAUGCUGGUGGUGCCAAGAGAGCCACCGCAAUUGCAGAUUCUUUGAAAUUAUCCUUUGCGUUGAUUCACAAGGAAAGAAGAUCGCAGCUCCUCAAGGGCCCACCAACGACUACAGGUCUUCCAAUGGCCUCGAAACCAUUGGUUACCACUUUUAAUUCCGCUGAGAUGCACCCAUCGUCUUCUAAUUCUAAAUAUGUCCAAACGACAAUGCUAGUUGGUGACGUUAGGAAUAAAGUGUGCAUAUUAGUUGAUGAUUUAGUUGAUACAUCAUAUACUAUCACGCGUGCCGCCAAACUGCUGAAGGACCAGGGUGCUACAAAGGUUUAUGCCAUUGUCACACAUGGUAUUUUCUCGGGAGAUGCAUUGAGCAGGAUAAGUCAAAGUUGCAUCGAUAAAUUGAUCGUUUCCAACUCCGUGCCACAACAAGAAACCAUUGAGUAUUUGGGCAAGGAGAAUGUAGACAUAUUAGAUGUUUCGCGCGUAUUUGCAGAAGCUAUACGGAGAAUUCAUAAUGGUGAGUCCAUAUCGAUGUUAUUUGAACAUGGCUGGUAG